AUGUCGUUGAAACUUCCACAAGCACCCAAUGCCGGGCUAUUCAAGAAUGGAUACUCUUCAUACUCAAAUGCUGAUGGUGCCAUUAUCAGAAACGUCGAGGCCGUGCGCGAAAUCGCCUCCAUUUUGUUGACUUCGAUGGGUCCCAGCGGGAGAAACAAGAUUAUCGUCAACAAGUUGGGCAGGAAAUUCAUCACGAACGACGCUGCCACCAUGCUCAAUGAGUUGGAAGUUGUCCAUCCCGUGGUGAAGAUCCUCAUCCAGGCCUCGAAGCAGCAGGAGUUUGAGAUGGGCGACAACACCAAUCUCGUGAUCAUCUUGGCGGGUGAAUUCUUGAACGUGGCUGAAAAAUUGGUCUCUUUGGGGUUGAACGUUUCGGAUGUAAUCCAGGGGUUCAACUUGGCCAAUAAGUAUGUUAGGGAAACAUUGCAGGAGCUCGUGGUUGACAAGGUUGAGUCAUUCGAGCACGACUUGUCGAAAGCUAUCAAACCAGUCAUUGCAGCAAAACAAUACGGCGUUGAGGACUUGAUCACCAGAUUGGUGGUUGAUGCCGUGAAGACGAUUAUAAAUCCAAAGAACCCACUUAGCUUCAACGUUGACAACAUUCGAGUCGUCAAGAUUAUGGGUGCCUCGUUAUCGCAAUCUCAAGUUGUCAAAGGAAUGGUGUUACCGAGAGAGCCAGAUGGGUCAGUGAAAAACGUUACCAACUCCAAAGUUGUCGUGUUUACAUGUCCAAUCGACAUUUCCACCACGGAAACCAAGGGCACAGUCUUGCUUCACAAUGCGCAAGAAAUGCUCGAUUUCUCAAAGGGCGAAGAAGAGCAAUUGGAGCAAAUGUGCAAAGAGAUCCAUGACUCGGGGGUCAAAGUCAUUGUUGCCGGCGCCAACGUUGGCGAACUAGCAUUGCAUUAUCUCAACAAGUUCGGCAUCUUGGUGUUGCGCGUGCCAUCCAAGUUUGACUUGCGCAGAAUCUGCCAAGUUUGCGGCGCGACGCCAUUGCCUCGUCUUGGAGCUCCCAUGGCUGACGAGAUGGGCUAUAUCGACGUGAUUGAAACAAAGGAAAUUGGCGGAGACAGAGUCACCGUGUUUAGACAGGACAGCUCGGCGUCACGGACCGCGACUAUCGUGAUAAGAGGAGCUACUCAGAAUAACCUCGAUGACAUUGAAAGAGCCAUUGAUGACGGUGUCAGCGCCAUCAAGGGUCUAGUCAAGGAUAACAGAUUGUUGCCCGGCGCAGGCGCGGUAGAGGUAGAGUUGAUGAAACGCGUGACUCAAUACGGAGAAACAACGCCUGGAUUAUUGCAAUUGGCCAUCAAGAACUUUGCCAAGGCCUUCGAGGUAAUUCCUCGAGUAUUGGCAGAUACUUCCGGUUUCGACACUUCCGAGGUGUUGAGUAAAUUGCACGCGGCACAUUCCGAAGAUAGCGGGUUGAAGUAUGGGUUGAAUAUAGACACGGGUGACGUUGUCGAAACUGGUGUUUACGAUAUCCUCGCUACCAAGCAAUCAGCCAUUGACUUGGCCGUCGAGGCAACAAACACCAUCUUGUCGAUAGAUCAGAUUAUAAUGGCCAAGAGAGCCGGCGGUCCCGUUAUGCCCAAACAACCAAGACCAGGCAACUGGGACCAAGACGAUUAA